AUGUCGUACGGUGCCGUUGAAAUGUUGACAUGGGCAGCGGGUGCCAUUAAAGAAUCAGAAUUAAAAAUUUAUCACUCAAAAGUAUGGGAAUUACGUGAUGAUCAAGGACAUUUCCUAACCUACGGUAUUUAUAAACAUGGAACAAAAGUCUUUUUCAGUUUGGUCGACGACACAGCAGGUAGUUUAAAGAAGGCAUGGAAUGCAAAAAAUAUAAUUAGUUCAACUGAGGUCGGAAGCUUAUAUGGUGAGAUUACUGAUAUGUUGGAAAAACUUCCAUCAAUAUUGGAUCCUUAUCAUAUAGAGAGACCACGUCCUGUCCCUACGAGUAUUCUAUCUGGCGAAAAAGCAGAUGGAAUGUCGGUAGUGAAUGGAGUCAGAGAUGAACUUCAGGGUUUAAUAAUGACACCUGUGAGAGGUGCGGAACAACAUGGUCUAUUGGGGUGUGGUUUUAACAUGGAUCGGUCGAGGAAUCUAUCAAUCGUCAAAAGAUGUUAUUACACCAAAAAACCUGAGACUGUUGCAUUAUCAACAUUGUCGCGUCGUCAAAAUGAACUACAAGCUGAUUUAUCGCGAAGCGAAGCCGUUGAUAAUUCGCCGGAAGGAAUGGCUGCAUUAUGUUCUGGCUUUACUAAAGAAAUUUGUCUUAGUAUUUUACACGAUUUUAAUCAGAAAAAAGAAAGAGAUAUGAGUACAUCAUUGAUUUAUCUUAUUACUGAUUGUUAUGCAUUACCAAAUGAAAUUGAAGCAGUACGCCAAAUAUUAGAUGAUAUAACUGAAAUUUCACGUAAAGAAGUUGGCUGUAUACAAUAUGAAUUAUUCGAAAAUUGUGAAGAUAAAACACAUUUUACAUGUAUUCAGAAAUGGCAAUCUGAAGAAAUUGCAGAAAAUCAUUUUACUGCAAAACAUAUUAUUAAAGCUGGCGAAUUAUUGAACGAUCUAUUAGCAAAACCCUCCGACACAAGACGAUAUACAUGUAUAAUGAAAGAUCAAAGAGAUGUAAAAGUCAAAUCACAUAGUGGAUUUUGUAGUACACUAUAA